GGCGCUCACGUGACGGGCGCUGGCGGUCAGCUGACUGCUGAGUUGCGCGGCGGCAGUGAUGGAGUUUCUGCUGGGAAACCCGUUCAGCUCCCCCGUGGGGCAGCGCAUCGAGAAAGCCACUGAUGGAUCCCUGCAGAACGAAGACUGGGCCCUCAACAUGGAGAUUUGCGACAUCGUGAACGAGACAGAGGAAGGGCCCAAGGAUGCCUUCCGAGCCAUAAAGAAAAGGAUUGUAGGGAACAAAAACUUCCACGAGGUCAUGCUGGCUUUGACGGUCUUGGAGACUUGUGUCAAAAACUGUGGCCACCGCUUUCACAUCCUAGUAGCCAGCCAUGACUUCGUGGAGGGUGUCCUGGUGAGAACCAUCCUCCCAAAGAACAACCCACCCACCAUUGUGCAUGACAAGGUGCUGACUCUUAUACAGUCCUGGGCAGAUGCAUUUCGCAGCUCGCCAGACUUGACAGGUGUCGUAUCUGUUUAUGAGGACUUGAGAAGAAAAGGCCUGGAGUUUCCCAUGACUGACUUGGAUAUGCUGUCUCCCAUCCACACACCACAGAGAACUGUUUAUAGCCCUGACUCCCCAUCAGGACAGAAUUUACCUGCUGCCAACUCCCCUCAGGGAAUGGAGUCCAUUCUGCACCCUCCUGUGACUUUGCCAGCAGAGCCAAGUACCCCCAGUGAUGCACCCAUCACACCCACGCUAGAGCAGAUUGGGAAGUUGCGCAGUGAGCUGGAAGUGGUGAAUGGGAAUGUGAAGGUGAUGUCCGAGAUGCUGACAGAGCUGGUGCCAUCACAGGCAGAGCCCUCUGACCUUGAACUGCUGCAAGAGCUGAACCGGACAUGCAGAGCCAUGCAGCAGCGUGUGCUGGAGCUGAUUCCCCGAAUCCUCCAUGAGCAGCUGACGGAGGAGCUGCUACUUGUCAACGACAACCUCAACAAUGUGUUCCUGCGCUACGAACGGUUUGAGCGUCUCCGGACUGGCCGGUCUGCUAAGGUCCCGGAUGAAGUGGAAAACAACUUAGUGGACCUUGAAUCUAGUGCUCCUUUGACAGUGAGGCAGCCUGAAGCCACCAGCAACCUCUCUGCUCAGCUGGCUGGGAUGAGUUUAGGUUCUGGCAGUGUCAGUGCUGGCCUACAGUCCCUAGACACCUCUGGCAGACUGGAAGAUGAGUUUGACAUGUUUGCCUUGACCAGGGGCAGCUCACUGGCUGAGCAGCGCAAAGAGGUGAAGUAUGAAGAUCCCCAGGCAACUGAAGGGCUCGCUGGAGCCCUGGAUGCCCGGCAGCAGAGCACAGGAGCAACGGAGACCAGUGUUUCCACCGAUGGAACCCCAAUCACUAACUGGAUGGUACGGCAAGGAAUGAUCCCAGUCCCCCAGGCUGCUUUCAUGGAGGACAUUGAGCAGUGGCUCUCCACUGAUGUGGGUGUUGAGCCAGAGGGUGCGAAGGGCGUCACUAGUGAAGAAUUUGACAAGUUCCUAGAAGAGCGAGCAAAGGCAGCGGACCAGCUGCCCACACUCCCCAGCCCUUCAGGAGGGAUGCCCGCGCCCCCCGCCACCUCCAACCCUCAUCGGAAGCGGGAGAAGGAAGACGACGCCAUGUUUGCCUUAUGAACCCUACAGACUGGUGUGCUGGAGCAAGAGGCCAUGCGUGCUGUUCUGCUCUCUUCCUGCCAGGGGCUGGGAGAGGAAGGGCCCUGCCCCCUUAUUUCCCCCCACCUCUUCCCAUUUUUAGGCUGCUUUGGGGUUAAGUUGAACAUUGUCAUAUUCAGGGAUGUAACAGAGCAGACUUGUGGUGGGGAGUUUGCAAAGCUGCUAGUCACACUGCCUGAUGAAUUGGGGGAGUACUGGGGUUGUUGCUGUGUGAUGAGAGCAAGCAGAAGAAUUUCCCUGUCCCCCCCGCCCGCCCAAAUGAAAUCACUGUAAACCCACCCUGAAAGUGGCUGCCACCCUGCAUCCUCCCCUUGACAGGCUGCAUUUUCUAUCGAAAGCUGGGGCCUCCACUCUCAGGGGCUGACUUUUGCCCAUUUUCUGCUGAAAUAGGAAAGCAAGUAUGGUACAGAUGCAGGGGUGGGAAGACAUGGGGGAGGGCGUGGACAGUAAUGGUCUGUUACUGUGUCUUGUUGCACAAGUGCACACAAUCUGCAACAUCUUCCUCCUUCCUCUCCCCUCUUGCCCCCUCCCUCCACUGCUCUUUGCCUCCAGCAUCCUAUUCAUCAUGGGCCAUAUGGUUUUGCUGCACGUAAUCCAGGUACCAAAUCUCGUGGCUGGGGAUGAGACUGCAAAUGGUACUGAAUCCAAGGGGUGGAGGGGCUGCAUGCAGCUUCACCUUUAUAAGGAGGUGGUGGGGAAGGGGCAGGGCCUUCGGCAAACUCUUGAAAUGAUCUUUGAUUACGACUCUCUCUGGAUUCAACCUGUGCCUUUUAGCUCAAUUUUUCCUCUCUUCCAUUAUGGGACAGGGGAAGUGAGUCUUCAGCCAGCUUUACACUACAAGACCCCUGCCAGCAAGGCUUUGUAAGUCAGGGGAGUGAUGGGGUGUGAUCCCUGACUGACACAACUGUGCUGACAGGGCAAAGGCAAGCAUGCCUGCAAAACUGCACGCUUCCCAGGUUGGCUUGUUUAGCUCCCUAGAGGUGGUUUACCAAGGGCAGAACAAGAUUCAGCUUUGCUGGGAUAGCUGGGACUGUGCUUGAAGCACUUAGCCAGGGUAGCAUACUCCUGUUCCUAUACUGGCAAAGUGCUUCUGCUGUAGACAUGGCCUUAAGGGAGGGAACAUUGAGGAGAGAUAAUACUUUAAACAAACUGUGCCUUAUCCAGAGGUGGCGGGUGAGGGGUGCUCUGGGCUUAGAACUAAUGCUGGUUAUUCAGUGUAACUUGGGAGAUUUGCCUUUUGUAUUGCACAUUAAACAAGCAAAGUUUGACCCCCUGG